CCUAAACCGUACAGGACAAAGCUUGGAGCAUCUGCACUGUGGUGUGUGCACCUUGGACUUGCGGCAGAGAGCAAGGGGUGGCUACUCUGGGAGCCCUCGAAGAAUGUGCUGUUUGACAGUCGGGAUGUCAAAUUUGUGGAGAACAUCAUCUUUGCUAUGGGACAGCUGGCUCGAGUAGUGCAAAAUCCAACAGAAGAGCAGUGUGGUGCAGCGGAGAGAGUGGUGCGCUACCUCAAGUCAUACCCUACAGUGGGAGUACAGUAUUCAGCCUCUGCUCAACUCAGUCAGAAAGGAGUUGAAGUUCUCAAAGAGAAGGGGGAGCAGCUUGGAGAAGGAAAUGUGUUCCUUUCCUGUUUUGCUGAUGCAACAUGGGCUUCUGAGCAUGAGGAUUCAUCAUCAGUAGGUGGAUACAUCUGCAUGGUGGGAGGUGGGCCU